UUUUUUCUUAAAUUAUUAUUAUUAUUAUUAUGCUUUGUUCAAAAAAAGGGUUUUUACUUUUUUCUUCUUUAUUAAAACCAAAAUUGACUAUGUCUGUAUCAACACUUUGUGAAUCACAACGUGAACAGCUUCUAAAGCCUUUACUUUCUUCUGGUUGGCAGCUUGUGGAGAAUAGAGACGCUAUAAUAAAGAAAUAUACUUUCCAGGACUUUAUUGAGGCUUUUGGUUUCAUGACACGAAUUGCUUUAAAAGCCGAGAAAAUGGAUCAUCAUCCUGAAUGGUUUAAUGUUUAUAAUCGAGUCGAAAUUACUUUGUCUACUCACGAUUGUGGAGGUUUAUCUGAAAAGGAUAUUGAAUUGGCAAAAUUCUGUGACAAAAAUGUCAAGUAAAUAAAUAAUGUGAAAAAAAGUAUUCAGCUAUUUUGAAUACGUGUAACUCUAUUAAUGUAAGGCUGUUAUAGAUUGGCAAUUAAUUAAAAGUGAAUUUUAUCUCGACAAUAG